AUGUACUAUGGAGAAGACAACUCUGAACAAUGGAAGCGGACGAAGCAGACGAAGGCCGAAGCCAAAGCCGCAAAGACGGCCAAGCUGGACCCUGACAGCGAGCUGAACCGCAACGCAAAAGAGGUCAUGGACGAGCGGGCGGCGCGCAACAAGCGCAAGCUGGAGGCGAUGCAGGAGGAAGAGGACAAGGAGGACGAGGAGCCCAUCCCGGGUGUGCAGAGGGAGCUGCCCGGCCAGGGCUUGCGGAUGAACAAGGACUACAAGAAGCAGAAGACGGCCGACCUCCCGAUCGACACGAUUGAUGACGCCAACCCUGCCGAGAUGUCGCAAAACCAGCUCAUGAGAAUGGCGAAGAAGGAGGCCAAGCUGGAGAAGCGCGCGAGCAAGAAGGCGAAGAAGGCUGAGAAGAAGGCUGCUAAGCUCGAGGCUGCUGGUGGCGACGCCGCCACUGAUGCUGCUGAUGCUACUGAUGCUGAAGCGCCUGAGGUCAAGGAGUCCAGCAAGCCCGCCGAUACCAAGGCUGCAAAGUCCUCGGCGGCCGCCAAGAAGGAGUCGAGCAAGAAGCAACAGAAGAAGGCCGAGUCCAAGGAUGCCCAGCCCGUCAGCAACGACCACGACAGGGACGCGGACAAGGACGAGGACGAGGAGUACGAGACCGUCGACGAGUCCGACGACGAGACCGAGCCCGCGACACAGUCCAAGUCCAAGUCCGCCGACCUCAACCCCCUCGACCUCUCCGGCCUCGCCCAACAACAAAAGGCCACAGAGUCCAGCGGCGCCUCGACACCGGCCUCGCCCACCUUUGACACCAGUGCCGGUCCCUCCAACACCGCCGCGAGCGCUAGCACCACAACCUCAACGAGCUCCACCGUCCCGCCCUCCGAGAAGCCAAAGCACAUCAAACUCCCCGCCGACACCUCCGCCCUCCGCGCCCGCCUCGCCGCGCGCAUAGAAGCCCUCCGCGCCGCCCGCAAAGCAGACGGGCCCGACGGCAAACCGAUCCGCACCCGCCAGGAGCUCAUCGAGGCGCGCCGCUUCAAGCAGGCCCAGCGCAAAGAGCACAAGAAGGAGCUCCGCACAAAGGCCAAGCUCGAGGAAGAAGCCCGGCGUGAGGAGACGCUCGCGUCAAACUCCCCCAGCGUCAUGUCCCCCCGCGUCGGCCUCGGCGGCGACGACGACGGAGAUGGCGAACCCGCCAACUUUGCGUUCGGCCGCGUCGCCUUCGACGACGGAACAAAGCUCUCGCACGACCUCUCGCACGCGCUCAACACGCACAAGAAGCGCGGGCCCUCGGACCCCAAGACGGCGCUCAUCAAGAUCCAGAACCAAAAGAAGCGCCUCGCGGCCCUGGAUAAGGAGAAACAGGCCGACAUUGCCGAAAAGGAGCAGUGGCUCAUCGCCCGGAAACGCGCCGAGGGCGAGCGCGUGCGCGACGACGAGCAGGCGCUCAAGAGGGCCGUCAAGCGCAAGGAGCAGACCAAGAAGAAGAGCGAAAAGGCGUGGAAGGAGCGCAGCGACGGUGUCGCGAAAUCCAUUCGCGAGAAACAGAAGAAGCGCGAGGAUAACUUGAAGAAGCGCAAGGAUGAUAAGCUGGCGCAUAAGCUCGGUCGCAAGAGCGGGAAGAAGGUUGGCGGUGGCGGGGCCAAGAAGACCAAGGCGCGUCCUGGGUUUGAGGGGAGCUUUGGCGGUGGUAAGAAGAAGAAAUAA